GUUGACAGUUCUACUGUCAAAUUUUAAUUUAACAUGGUUUGCGCGAAUUGAUUUUAUUUUUCACAAUGGAUAAAGAUGAAGAUGAAGAUAAAGAUAAAAAUGAAGAGGAGAAAAUCGUCGAUGUAGAAGAUAAAGACGAUAAAGAACCGCCGAUAAUCGCGGAGAAAACGACCAGCGAAACUUCGAAGAUUACGGGGGAAAUUAAAGAGGAAAUAAAAGAGAAAAAUUCGAAAAUUACAGUGAAAGAGCCGAGCCUGUUGCGCAAAAUAAUCGGAUCGAAAUCGCUGGCGCCGUUGAGUUUCGUUAAGGAGACCUCGAAGGAGGAACCGAGCUUGGCCGUGUUCAAAAAACUACCGUCCAACACCCUUUUGGACAACAUCGAGAUACCGGAAAGGCCUGAAAAUCGCGUCCCCACCGACCGGAAGUUCCUCAUCGUCUUCGCCGUCGUCGUUCUUCUACUGUUUCCAUUCCUGAUCUACUGCUUGGUGUUGGGCGAUUUGUCCCGCUUGAAGGGAUACGAUCAGUGCGGCAACGUUUGCGGCAAGAAGAACUCCAAAUAUGACGAGUGGCCUUGUACCGGUCAGGAUUACACCGACCUACCAUAUCUGCAAGUUGAAGCGAGAUCCGCUCUAUCGGAGGACGCUUUUCUAUUAUCUCAAAGGAAAUGCGUGGCUUCGUGCGAUUCGAAUUACAUAAAGAUAUUUUCGACGUGCUACCUGCGUCUCGCCGAAAGCAGCAACAGCUGGAACUCGUUCAGAAACGGGAAAUCGUCGAGCGACGGCUUUCCCGACGAUUUUCCGUCGUUCGAUGGAUUUUCCCGCUCGAAUUACCGCAACAAACGCUCCUCCGAUUUGGAGGACUUGGGCGAAGGUCUGUCGGCUUAUUUGAACAAGCACGCUUGGAGGAUCGUCUUGGCGUGUUUCGUAUCUUUAGGUGUGGCUAUUAUAAUGCUGGUGCUGUUCAAAACCGCCACCGCGGCCGUCGUUUGGGGUAUUUUGGGCGGUGUUUUGCUGUUUGGCGCUAUCCUAAUCGGUGGACUUUGGUACGCUUAUUUCAACGUAGAGAAGUUCCUAUCGGAGUCGUCGAGCGACGUGGAGGCGAGCAAAAAGGGCUUCCUCUUCAUGGGCAUCUUCUUCACGGUGUUCUGGUUGAUCCUCUUGUGCGUCACCGUUUUCAUGUACAAGAAAGUCCAAUUGGUCAUACAGUUGCUCAAAGAGGCCACCAAGGCCUCCUUCGCCAUGCCGCUGUUGAUUUUCAUACCGAUUCUCACGUUCCUGUGUGAGUUGGUGGUGUUGGCUUUGUUGGCUUUCACCAGCGUGUACAUCACCACGUCGGGGGUACUAACUGAAAUUCUACCGGGUUAUUUGUAUUACAAAGAUAACGUGGCGAUGACUAUAACGUUCGUGUUCAAUGUGAUUGUAGCCUUUUGGUCUACGCAAUUCAUCAUCGGUAUACAGUACAUGGUGAUUGCGGGCGCUGUUGCCAAAUGGUACUGGUCUAAAAAUAAGGAGAAUUUGGGCAGUCCGAUUGCGGAUAGCGCGAGCAUCGUGUUCAAAUUCCAUUUGGGCAGCAUCGCUUUCGGGUCUUUGGUGAUCACUAUAAUCGCCAUUAUCAGGGCGGUGUUGACUUCGUUGACUAAAAACAAGAAUUUGAAGGCCGUCGUGGAUUUCUGCAUCGGUACCCUCGAGUCGUUCCUGAAGUUCCUCACGAAGAACUCCUACAUUUUAACCGCUAUGCACGGGAAACCUUUCUACAAAUCGGGCAAAAGGGCGGCGAAAAUUAUCUUCCAGAACGUGGUGAACAUUUCUUCGGUUAAUUACGUGGGCGAUUUCGUGCUGGGUAUGGCCCAAUUACUCAUCGUGUUGAUUUCACUGUUGAUUACUGUUGGAAUUAUGCAGGGUGCUGAAUCGGAUUACUCGUGGAUCGUGUACCUCAUAGUCUUCUUUGUGUCGCUGUUUAUCGCCAUUACUUUCUUCGCUACAUUCGAGACUACUAUCGAUACGCUGUUUUUGUGUUUCUGCGAGGACAGUCUGCUUAACGACGGGAUGAGCCGACCUUACGCGAUGUCUCGAGAUUUGAUGGAGUUUGUGGAGAAUUCGAAGAAGCUCUACGGGGAUAAAAAGGAGUAGAGGAGUUGUGGAAAUUCGUUGUAAGUUGCGACUUGUAUAUGUUAUGUUACGCGCAUUUAAAAAUUCUUCGAUGUGAAAUGUUACUUAUUGUAAUUUGCGGCCUUUACGUAGACUUAAUGUGGUUAUAUUGGAAUGGUGACGAUUUUUUGUAGUUGCGAUUUCUAUAUAUAUAUAUAUUAUAUAUAUAUUUUUUUUAAAAAAUUUUACUUUGUAAUGUGAAAUAUGGCAUAUUUGGCGUGAAAUUUAUUUUUUUACGAAUCAAAGGAAAUGAAACUGGUUGCACUCAUACGCUGAUUAAUGAAUUAUCUUUAAUUAGUGUUUGUACGAACGAGAAUUUAUCUUCCAAUUAUCAAUCUUCCGCUAAUGAGAUUAUUAUUUGUAUAUCUUAUGUUUCAUUUCCUUUCAAAUGACUAUUUACGCUGUUGAAGCGACAAAGAAUUAUAUGUUAAGUUUUUGUAUUUCACAAAUUUACUAACCAAACUUGUCAAUUUACCUCCAAAUUGUUCAAUUUUGUUGAAUAUUUUUUCUCAGGUAAAUAAAGCUUAAAAACGUAUGAAUUCGCUGGUUUGUGUAGAGGGAUCGUUCGAAGAAAAAGAAAUGUAAAUUGUGUAAAUUUUAUAAUUAGAACCAAGACAAUCGAAACGAAUAUUUUUAAAUAACAAUGUGGAUGUUUAAAAAAUAUAUAAUUAAUGCCUAGGCACUGUAUCAUGAGAAGUGGACACAUUAAGUAAAUUAGAAUGUGCUAUUUAUGCUUUUAGCGACAAUCUUUUAAUAAACACUGGUCUACCAAAAUAAAUAAUUGGCCAACGAUUAAUUUCGAAAAUUAUUAUAGUCAAAAUUUUGAUCAGUAAAUCCUGACUGUUUCUUUGAAAUUUAAACAAAAAUCGUACAAUACUAGUGAUGGAAAAUGCGAUACAAUAUAAUAGACCAGUGCGAUCACAGAAUUUAAUAUAAUUGUGAAAAAUACACUAAGGAAACGAUACAAACUAUAAUAAUAAUAUACCCAACUAACACAUUGGUCAUAUUUUAUAUGAAAAAAAACUAUUUUGUACUCUCAACUGUACAAGUAUAUUAUUUUAACUGUCCAGCAAAACGAAUAUUUAACAGAAAAUUUCCAAACCUAUUUUCGAAAAAUUAUUUUCUAACGGGAAAGAAUACCAGGAAAGAUAAAGAUUAUUUAUAUCACCGUGAACAAUCAACGCAACGGAAGACCCGAACAAAAAUUUUACUACAAAGAUCAAAAAAUCUCUAUCUUUCGAUUUCGAAAAUAAACAAGAUUACGAUACGUUAUUUUUAAGUUUAAAAUUCUGGUUAUAAUUUUACAGGCACGAUAAAGUAACUAAUUACGCUACGUUGCAAGGGAAAUGGAUUUAUAUCACAAUUAUUCGACAAAUGGAUUUAUUUCUUCGCCUUUAAGCAACAUCCAUUUUCAUUUCAUUCAACUACGUUAGGUGUUUUCCAGAAACGUUUUUUUUUUAGGAACAACUUCAAUUUACAAUGUACAAUUCGGAAGUAACUUUUUCUCUCGUAUCAAAUUCACUUAUUUAAGUACGAAUUGUUUUCCGGCUAUUUCUAGAUAUAGGUGAGCAUGUAAAAAAAAUUUAGAGUACAACGAAACAAAAUUAAGCGCUAGUACGAUGAAAUAAUGCGAUUAUUUGGAUGAUUUACGAAACUACAUAACGAGAUAAGAGCGGCGCAAAUACUGGGCGUUUCGAGAACAAAUCGAACACUGAUGGAGUUUAAGUAAACAUUUUUUUUUCGUUAAAAUUAUCACAUUUUAAUUGAUUCGCCUUUCCAACUACACCCGCCUAUGAAAAAGUGCUUUAACGAAUAACCUAAAUUGUUCUAUUGCACAUUUCGAGAUUAGAAAAAUUCCAAGAAGUUUUCGAAACUCGCGAUUACAAUUAAACAAAGCUUUCGUUUUUGAUGUACAGAUGGCGUCGCAAUUAAUUAAUAAUUACUAUCAAUAUAAAUUAAUUAAAAAUUGACAAAUUUACUUAAAUAAUCUACUUAUCUAAUAUUCGUUACUUCGAACCUUUUAAAAGGCUUCAUUUAACAGACAUCCGGAUAUUAGAUUAGCGAUUAAUGUUAAUAAAAAAAAUGUAUUUCAUAUACAAUUUACUUAAUAUUGCUAGAUAAAUACGGAAUACAUUUUUUUCCUAUUCGGAACCCUGCAGUAAAGCAACAACUGCCUUUUUUUGUGCUUACAAAUACAAAUUAAGGAAGAAUCCACAUUGUGUGAAAUAUUACAACAAAAUACAGCCACGUUUUCGACGAAACUCUCAUUACUUUUCCAGGCAUCAAAUCGAAAUCACUACAUAUAAAAUAAAUACACUUAAUAAAUAUCGAAUAUGUAAAUGUAUAAAUAAAAAUAUUGAUUACAUUCCUCAGCGAAACAGCGCGUACAAAUUUUCCUUUUCUUUUUUUUUUCAACUAUUAUUAAAUUAACAUAUACGUCAUCACCGUUUUGACAGGCAGCCAUUUUAUUGUUCUGUGAUCAAAAACGUUUCCUUCUUCAAAUUCAAUAAAUUGUGAUAUGUCAGAGAGAGAGAGAGAGAUUGCUCAAACAUUCUCCGCCGGUUUUUCGUCGAUCGCGGACGAAGACGCCAACGCCGCGGACGCUUCUUCUUUAUUUCUAC